AUGUCAGACACCCCCGAAGAGCGGGCCACCGAGCCGAACACAAGUGCAGAUCCGAUGGAUGUGAUGCCGUCGCGUGACUGUACGUUUAGAGACCCGAGAUUUCAAAACGCCAACGCUACCCGUUACUGCUACACCCAUUACGUCGAUUACCACCGUUGUCAACAUGUAUUAGGUAAAGACGAACCGGAUUGCGAAAUAUUUAAAAAAACGUACCAGCGAAUGUGCCCGAAUUCUUGGAUAGAUCGUUGGGACGGACAAAGAAAAAAAGGCAAUUUUGCGAGGAAUUGCAAAACUGAACUCGACUGA